GCAAGUUUUUAUUAUAAAAAUUUAAAUCAUGGUUGAAAUUAAAAUUGAUGUUGAGUACUGCGGUUCCUGUGGUCACAAAAAGCAAUUCCUUGAAAUGGCUGAUUUAAUAAAAAAAAAUUUUCCAGAUGUCAAAAUAUCCGGCGAACCUGGCAAACAAGGUUCAUUUGAAAUAAAAAUAAACGACGAGUUAAUUUAUUCAAAAUCACAAACAAUGGCGUUUCCUGAGUACAACGAAGUUAUUGACGUUGUCAAAGAAGUUGCCGAAGGACAGCCUCCUAGAAAAAUAACCAAACAGCAGCCAAUUGACUGUAUUAUAAUGUGAAACGUUAAGUAUUUGUAAAAAGGUAUACAUUUUUUUUUUUUUUAUUUUAUUUUAUUUUAUUUAUGUAAGAAAGUAUUUUUCUACAAUAAAUAUACUCUACAUGAAAUUCACUUUAA